GCCGCUUACAAAGCGGGGUCACCUUCUGUCGCUGCAACACAGGCUGGCAGCUAUAGCUCCAUACAGCUGGACUGCCGCAACCCGCAUCGGAGCUUGCUGCCACGAUUGCAUUGCAGAGAGGAAAAGACUUCAAAUCAUACGCUGUAACCAAAAGACACCCGGUGGAGUAAAGCAGCAAUCGCGACUCUCAGGCCAUGGGAAGGUAAAGGUCAAAGCUGCAGGAAUUCUGUCAUUGAGAAAUCCCUGGGGCUUAUGGAAACCUGAGCAGUUUACUUUUUAAAAAGUCUUUCAGUGCAGGACGAUCCGAGCUCUGGUGCACACACUCCCAGCUUCCAGCCUCUGCUUCCACAUCCAGGAAAAUGUCCGGCUCCUACGAUGAAUGCGCAGGCUUUGAUGAAGCCACGGACAGCUUCUGGGAGGUGGGUAACUACAAGCGAGCCGUGAAGCGGAUUGACGACGGCCACCGACUCUGUAACGAUCUCAUGAACUGCGUCCACGAGCGAGCCAAGAUCGAGAAGGCGUACGCACAACAGCUCACCGACUGGUCCAAGCGAUGGAAACAGCUCGUCGAGAAAGGUCCUCAGUACGGCUCUCUGGAGCGUGCCUGGAUGGCUGUGAUGACGGAAGCUGAAAAGGUGAGCGAGCUGCACCAGGAGGUGAAGAACGGGCUCCUCUCGGAAGACUUUGAGAAGAUCAAGAACUGGCAGAAGGACUCCUACCACAAGCAGAUGAUGGGUGGCUUCAAGGAGACCAAAGAGGCAGAGGACGGCUUCAGGAAAGCCCAGAAACCCUGGGCCAAGAAACUCAAAGAGAUGGAGACUGCAAAGAAGGUGUACCACCUGGCCUGCAAGGAGGAGAAGCUGGCAGCCACGCGGGAGGCCAACAGCAAGGCAGAGGCCUCCGUCACCCCUGACCAGCAGAAGAAGCUGCAGGACAAGGUGGACAAGUGCAAGCAGGAUGUGCAGAAGGCGAAGGAGAAGUAUGAGAAGGCUCUGGACGAGCUGAACAAGAGCACCCCUCAGUACAUGGAGAGCAUGGAGCAGGUGUUUGACCCGUGCCAGCAGUUUGAGGAGAAGCGACUCAGCUUCCUCAAGGAGGUCCUGCUGGACAUCAAGAGACACCUGAACCUCACUGAGAACCAGAGCUAUGAAGGGGUGUACCGGGAGCUGGAGCAGAUGAUCCGCAUCGCUGAUGCGAAGGAAGAUCUCAAGUGGUUUAAUAACUAUCACGGCCCUGCUAUGCCCAUGAACUGGCCGCAGUUCGAGGAGUACAACCCUGACCUGACCCACACCAUCACUAAACGAGAGAAGGUGAAGAAGCCCAACGAAGGAGUCACUCUGACCAGCGUCACCUCUGGGGUGGAGCAGGUGGUGCAGGCUGGGGACCGGGGCAGUGUGAGCAGCUACGACAGGAGCCAGGUGUUUUCAGCGGAGUGGUCUGACGAGGACACCCCCAACACAGGCAGCGAGACCAACGGAGGAGCCAACCCCUUCGAGGAGGAGACAGCGGCCCCUGCUGGCAAGGGUGUGCGCGUGCGGGCACUGUACGACUACGAUGGGCAGGAGCAGGACGAGCUCAGCUUCAAAGCCGGAGACGAGCUGCUGAAGCUGGGGGAGGAGGACGAGCAGGGCUGGUGUAAGGGUCGCCUUGGCAACGGCCAGGACGGCUUGUUCCCGGCCAAUUACGUGGAAUCCAUCUAGUCACCUGACUUGCGCACCCCAAUCAGAGGGCAGCUCAGACUGUGCCAGCCAAUCGUUCUGCACCAGAGACUAAAGAUUAACCCUUCCCUUGCCAGACUCUUAUCAAGCAGUCUAAAAGAAACUUAGUAAAAAAAAAAAGAAGACAAUAUCUAUAUUUAUCAAUUUUGUGAGAAAUGAAAAAAGCAGUAUAUUUAAUAUAUACACAAACAUCAAUAGACUAUAUUAUAUAUAUAAAACACCAACCAAAAGCAAGCGCAGGGAAUCAUUUUGCAUUUUUGUGUCGCUGUGUUUAAUAUGAAUUUCGUGCAGCUGAUAUGGCAUUGUGUAGCGGUAUGUUCUCUGAGUAUUACAUAGUCGAUGAGACUUGUGUAGCUGUGUGGGCUACACAACGUCCACCUUGUGUAUAUUUGAUGACAUUUUGUGCAGCAGUCUUAAUGCUAUGCAGUCUUACAUAUUUUUUUUUGCAUAGGAAAAUGACUCUUGUGUAGCAACAUAGCAACAACGUCCUAUGCAAUGUAGGUUACAUUCCUGUAAGCGGUAUGUGCUAUACAAAGUGUGGUUUUCUGUAUCUACUUCCAGUUGUGUAGCAGCAUGUGCUAUAUAAUUUGCUUUCUGUGCAUUUCAAUGACGUUUGUCGAGCAGUGCUUAUGCUACACAAUGUGUGUUUUGCAUAGCCGAUAACGAUUUGAGUAGCAGUUAUAUAUAUAUUUUUUACAAGAAGCAGCACAUCCUGCAUGGAAAAGAAUUCCUACUGAAAUACAUUCCGUGAAACACAUUAAUGGACCCGGUUCUUCUUUCAAACUUAAUUUUUUUUUAUUUAUUUAUUUUAUAUUAUAUUUUAUAUUUUACAUUACUGCUCAUGUAUGACCUGUUUUGUCAAAAUCCUGAUUCCUAAUCAUAUUAAUUUUCAGACGGAAUGGCUAUUUCAGCAGCAGUUUGUUCUGGUAAGAGCCACUAACUGGGCACAAAUCCUUGAAAAACACAGAAUUCUUCGGUGCAUUCACUUUAAAUUCAGCUCGAGUUGUUCCUCUCUAGUUAGCUUGACAGAUUUGCUUUCUUUUCAGAAACAGGAUGGAAAUUGCACACACGCUAGAAAGCCUACUGUCAGCAGUGCAAUUCACAGACUAUCCUUUCCAGAAACGCUGUUCAGUAGACGUUAUGUUGAAUGAAACACUCUUGAGGAUCUAUAGGAAAGCUGUAACGCAGAAUUCGCUCUCGUUUGCGGGGAGCCCAGUGUUGUCUUCCAAAAAGCAGAAUGGAAUAAAUCAACACACACUUCAAUAUUAAUAAAGGUGGGGUGCCAAACACAUCAAAAGCGACACAAAGAAAGUCAUGUGAUCUGACCAGGCAAAGGCUAGAAGGUGACCAGCUGUAAGCAGGCUGACAUUGAAUCCUCGUGCUUCAGAUCUGAACCAGACUUCUCUGUGCUGCACCAUGAGACUGGAACCCCCUGUGACUUCGAAAGAAAAACUGCUAGAAUUUUCCAUUGUUUAUCAGCUGGGAGACCCUUACUUCAAAAUCUAUUUCCAUUUCUGUCCCACUGUUCUCUCUCCUCACCCUCGCUCAGUGGCACACCCUGGUGGAAUAAGCCUGUAACUCCUCCCCUACUUUUUAAAGGUUUGCGCUCCUGCCCCCUUUUCCAAUACGUUUUUCUUCACUUUGAAGGUACAACACCGUUGAGCAGCCAUUGAGCAACCUUCUCCAUAUUGGUCCGCGACUAUUAGAGUCCCCCUUGCUCCCUUUGCCGGACCCUUACAGUUCCUGUUAAAAUAGCCUGUGCAGAGAGCACAGGGGACCGCUAUUGAAGAGAGGGCUGUAUCACUUAAUACAACGCUACCAGAAGAAAAAAAGGGCAUCUAUUAAAAGUAACUGGGUAGAAGUAUAGUGAUUUUUACACUUUUUAACACCUGUAAGAAAUGCUCUACCCUUCCCCACUGGUUACUUCCCAAGCAGCUACAGAGGAUAACUUGGUUUCAGACAAUUAAAAAAAAAACACCAUAAUAUUAACCUGGAGUCUGUGUAAUUAGCCCAAAUUAUCUUGGUCCCAGAAGCUUUAAAGACCUAAAAACUACAAAAGUUAAAACGCAGUGUCAUUUUACAUUCUUCUUUAAAAACCGUCCCAUGAAAAACGGACUACGCAUUUCUCUGGUGUCGGAGAAUUCGAGAGGAGCAUAGUCAAGAGUCCUGUGUUGAAGCUCGGUUUUCAACACUGACUUAUUAGCUUUGUGCCCUUUAAGGACCAGAGCCAGGAAACAAUGCAGGUUGUAAAACUAGGUGCACCUGUUUCUUAAUACUUAUUUACUUCUUUACCUCAUUCAUGGGACUUUCACUGUUCCCUAUAUCCAGCCUAGCCAACCGACACACUUAGAUCUGUUAUCCUAACCAGCCUGAAUCUGGGAUACAGACGAGAUGCAAUCAAUCUCCAGUCAUAUACAGUCGUAUGUUAAUAUAACAGGUACAUUUUGAAGUCCAGCAAACCAAUAAGCAAACAAAACAGCAGUGUCUUAAUUAUAAAUAUAUGCAUACAUACAUGUGGUAAAGUGGAACACGUUGGCUAACUAUUGUAUUUAAAGUAUUUUAUUUUAACUGCAAUCGAAUUGUAAACCUCUAGGGGGCGCAGUGGUGUCACCCCCCCCCCCCCCCCCCCCUUCUCUGAUUUGUAUAUGAUUAUGUAAUUUAAAGAGUAUAUUAUAUUGUGUCUGUACUACUAUGUGGAUAAAAAAAGAUGAAAAAGUAAAAGGAAGAUCUGUAUGUAAAUGCAUAUUUUUUGUCCUUGUUGGGGAAAACAUCUUGUGAAACUCUGUUUUAGCGGUUUAGAGGUGCGUACGUGUCUAGGGUUAGUGUUGUAGUCUGAACUGUAACUUGUGCCUGUUCAUCUGAGUCAUUAAAAGAUCAAUGUUCAAA